AUGAGUGGCAGCUCAGAGUCUCGGCCUAAGGGCCAGAUUGUCACUGCAGGGCCGGAGAGCAGUGACCAGGUGGCAGACCCAUUGCGGCCCACAACAGUGGAGACACAGGUGCUGCUGCCAAAUGGCACAUCACGAUCCAUCUGCUUGAAGUGUUGGCCUCAUGGGUCCGAGUUAAGAUGGGAGCUGCGAAGGCUCUUGCUAGCAGCAGGGUAUCAUUAUGACAGUCACCGCACCAAAGUGUGCAAUGUGUUCACAAGCCAGCAAGCGAUGUGGGACAUCACAUUGGGCUGGCUCUUGAUGCCAGGACUAGGGCACUCCUUUGGCCAGUCAUCACACAGCUCUCGGGCCCGAUCUGUCGAGGUCAGUGCUGAUUCAGCAGAGGAGGAGUAUUGGGUCAGCACACAAUGGAUGCUGGGUCUUCUCCUGCAAUGGCAGCAUCGGAGACGAGAUGUUCAAAAGCGGGAGGAGGUCCGAGUUCUUGCAGAGACCGUCUUUCAGAUUCUGUGCCCACGGAACCGAUGGCCCGAAGGUUGGUUCGGUCACCUCCCAGAGCCCACCACUGCAGAGACAGAGCUCUGCAAACACCUCGAUCUGGAUCUCAUGGCAGAGAGGCCCGAGUGCGCCUGUAUGCAAGAGCUUCGUCAAAUGUUGGGAACCCUGCAAAUAGCAGACGAUGCAACACCUCAUGCUCAAAUAUGGGGCCGACUUGCAGCGGGUUUCGAAUUCAGUCAUUGCCCGACUGUCGGCGCACUCACCGGCCGCAUGCUCAAGGAUGUCUCGGAUCGAAUUUGCGCAUGCUUCUCAGACUGGGUGAAUGUUGACUUCUUGAAAUCGACUGGGCUGGUCUUGUUGGGUCCGAGUAACAAAAAGCGUCGACUGGACCCACACUUCAAGGAGGCCGCUAUUCAGUCUGUUCUGCAAGAGGGGCGGUCCGACAAGGCUGGAAACUUCAGCAAGGCCAUGAAGGUCGGAGACGAGAAGACCACUUUUCGAUGGAUCGAAUCGGCCUUACUCCAGCUAAGCGCCGCAGCCCGAGUGACUUUCCAUCAAAUUGGGGUUUGCUCGAUUGCUCUGGAUGGUGCCCGAAUGGGGAAGCCGGCGCACGAUUGGCUGUUCAUUGCGCAAAGCAUGGGCUCUAAGCACUUAGUGAUGCCACCGCAGGAUCUCGGGCUUUCACUGACGAAGAAGGUGCAAAGGAGCCUCCAUGCCCCAGUGCCCGAAUCUCGGCUACAAGCCAAGAAUCUGGAGGAGGAGGUCCGACUCUUCAUGAAAAUGAAGGACGGACCUGAGUCCCCUGAAAAGCGGCAGGCCAACCUGAAACACUUGGUGGCCCUCGACUGGGCUUUGGUCCGAGUGAAUGGUUGGGGCUUAUCUGCUUUCAUGCCAUCACGUCCCUGCACUAUGCUACCAGCAGGCGCGAAACGGUACAUGACCGAAAUGGUAUGUCCGAUUUCAGGCGAGCCUCGCAAGAGGAGCUGCUUGCUUUUGGCUGAUGGUUCACGAACCUACGAAGUGCCGGUCCGAGUGCAGCAAGGUGUGUUGGUUCGACCCACGCUGCAUUUGGCCCAGGAUCAAGGCAGCUCCUCCUGGUAUUCCGGUGUUUUUUUGGUUCAGGGGACCGAUUUUCGUGGCACUGUCAGCUGGGACCUAUGCCAUCGCCUGAUCAAUGACUUGGCAGAAGCAUGGAGCAGUUCCGGGCUGACUUUGGCCCGAUUAGAGCACGCAACAUUGAUGUCCAUUCGACGGGGUCCGUUCAAUCGGCAAGGGCACCAUGACACUUUGCUCUCUGCGGCCCGAGAUCUUUUUGCCCGAAUGGACUUCCACAAUGGCUUGCUACAGCUCUUCUAUGAAGACAUCUGCGAAGAUCUCGGGUUGGAAGCUGAGGGGUCCGAUGAGCAUUACCAAAAGGUCUGGGAGAUUUGCAGGACCGAGUUGUGUAAUGCCAACAUGGGACAUUGCCCGAAGAACUCACGAUGGUUCAGUAUAGAGGAGCUGCACCGCCAGCAGCGACACCUUCGCACAAUGACCCUGAUGCUUCUUGUGUUCCAUGGGAUCCAGAAAAACUGGUGGAAAACUUUGGAUGAAUCCCCAGUUUUCAGUGGUCCGAAUGCCAAUGCUCCCCAAGGAAGGCCAGCUGAAGAUGAUGAAGAGGAGCAAGCCCAAAUGGAACAAGAAGACGCCCAAGAGGAAGGUGAGGAUCCGGACAUCAUCGGAGAUGGGCCGACGGCCAAACGGGUGAGCGUGGCUGAUGGACGCAAACUCAUCAAUCGGAAAAGGCAGCAGAAGAGCUUGUCAGCUACACUCCGCUAUGCAGUUGACAUUCUUUGCAGACGGCGCACGCUGCGGCUUGUGGAUGGCUGCAUGCUUUUGUCGACACCCCUGGAAAGAUUCUUCAAAAGUGCUAUGACCAUGCUGAAGACGAGGUGGGGAACCGCAGAGUUGAUGCAAGAUAUGGCCCGACAAGGACUGACUCGAGUGAUCCAGGAAACACUGCAAACUUGGAUCGGGCCGGAGUGGAGAGCGGCGGAUAAAGCCGACGCAUGUGUCUUCUGGAAGUUCACAAUCACGCUGUGUGGAGAGCUUGCACUGACACAAGCGAAGUACGCCGUUCCUCCAAAGAGCUUCGUGCUGCUGGUGGAUCCGAGCUCUGAGGUCAGAAAGAAGGCCCUGAUCCGAUUCAAACAGGACUGGGACAACCUGGACCGAUUAGAGAGCUGGAUCAACAGCAACCAUGCAGCAAAGAGGUCCAUGGUCCCAGUUCGCCGUGGCAUGGAAUGGCCCGAACAGACAUGGGUCCGAGAGAACUUUGUGCAGCUGCUGGAGUGCAAUUUCGAAGAUGCACGAGUGUACAGCUUUCUCAAGGAAGAGCUGAGGCAGUAUGCCCAGGGCAUGAAUGCGACAUUGUACAUCGAGAACCUCAUUCGCGAAGCCCGUGCGAAGUGUCGCUCCAACAUGCAGGGACGGGCAGAAGGCAAGGCACUCUGGCACCAGCUGUCCAUGGCAUCCACACUGCCUGCCGAUUUUGACCGGCCUACAAUGCCGGAGCAAGCUUACGGAUGCAAGACCUACAUGGCCCAAUCACUCGGCCCGACGCCACAAAGUGACAAGGACUUCUUGUCUUUGGAGGACUUUCCGGAAGAUGCCAUGGGCUUCGAAGUGGUCUUGUCUCAUGAGGACUGGCGAUGCAUUCUGGUAGAGCCUGAGAAGCAAGAUGAGGGUCCGAUUCGCCUUCGGGUGUACCGUGAAACCGGCCAGACCCUCCUCAAAUACAGUGCAUUGCAUGGCUUUCCAAGAAUGACUGUGUUCUGGUUGAAGAAGCUUCACAAGCUGCUGGAAGUUCCUGGCAUACAACCUACCAAUGAAGUUGGCUGGGUCCGAGCACUGGCUAGACACAUCCUCCAGGAGCAAGCAUCGGAGGAGACACUUGCAGCAGCUGUGAGAAGCAGGACUUCAUGCCAAGAGGAUGUCGAUGCUGAGCAACUGAUGCAGCUGGAGGAAUUGCUCGAGGAGGAAGCUGAGGAUGGUGAGGAUUUCAAUGAUGUCGAACUUCAAACAGAGCUGGAUGAAUGCAAACGAAAGCGCUUGGCCAAAAUCGCCCGGGAAGCUCGGGCUGCUGCUGACAAUGCCAAGGCAGCUCAGGAGGAAGCUGCAAGGGGUCCGAAUGACCCACCUGCUCCUGAUGGUGGCCAUGGCCAACGCAGGAAGGCUUUGGAAUGGCCCAAUUCAGGGUACACACAAGCCCAGGCUAAGCAAUUUUUGCCUCCAGGCUUCAAAAUCAGCAAGGAGUCUGUUUGGCAUCAUCGGUGGAAGAUUACUUAUCCCGACGGCUCGAUGCGUUCCCCGACUUUCCCUGUUGAAGUGCCCGGGUCCGAUAAUGCUUGCCUUCGUCGUCUCUUGGUGCAGGCCUGGGGUGUGUACAGCCGGGAGACAGGCCAACAGUGCCCGUUUGACUUUGAGCAGGUUCUCAGCUGA